UCGAUAGCGUCGGUGUGUUGUACGCCUUGUUUUUGCUCCGAAAGGUCUAGAAGGAUAUAUAAGUAAGAAUAACAACACAUUCUUUCCCCCAUAGCCAAACCUGUUAAAGUCAGCAUACGAGUCUUCCGAGUCCAGCAGCGCGCACCCGUACCUGCCCGGCGCGCCUCUGUCAACUUUCAACCAGCGCGCCCCCGAGCUCGCCGAGAAGUCCCUCCGGCCGACGCGUUCACAUUCCCUUUCUUUCCAGGGAGCUCAGCGUCUCGGCGGUUAAACUUCGCUAAUUGGAUGACUGCAAGGAGCGGAUCCGGAGGUCAUAGUCGCAGGAUACGUGCUUCCGCAGGUGCCUCAGAGAUUCCGGCUGCUCCGAGCGAAGACAAGAGUACAAGAAGAAAGAAAGAAGAGAGCGAGCAACAAGGCCAGUAGCUAAACUCCAGUGGACACCAUUUUUACGGCCUUUUGGAUUCACUGGAAGCCGUCACAAUUCUGUGCUGCAAAGACGGCCCCGGGAUGUCACCAGCCGGGGAAACUGGGAAUAGAGGCAGUAAUGAAAGUUUCUGGGAGCCAGGGAAUUAUAAAAGCACCGUGAAAAGAACAGAUGAUGGGUACAGGCUGUGCAAUGAGUUGGUUGCCUGCUUCCAAGAACGUGCCAGAAUUGAAAAGAAGUAUGCUCAACAGCUAAGUGAAUGGUCUAAUAAAUGGCGGACUGCCAUAGGAAAAGGACCACAGUAUGGCACACUGGAGAAGGCUUGGCAUGCCUUCAUGAAUGCUGCUGACCAUUUGAGUGACAUCCAUAUGGAACUCAAAAACCACCUGUUGUUGGAGGAUGCAGAAAAGGUGCGGAACUGGCAGAAGGAAACCUACCAUAAGCAGCUCAUUGGUGGGUUCCGAGAGACAAAGGAAUUUGAAGAUGGAUUUCGUAAGGCUCAAAAACCAUGGAUCAGACGGCUAAAAGAAGUUGAGUUGUCCAAAAAGAGUUAUCAUCAGUCCUGUAAAGAAGAGCAUUCAUCAACAACCAGAGAGGCUCAUGCUAGGUCAGAUCCCUCCAUUUCCCAGGAGCAAGUAUGCAAACUGCAGGAUCGAGCUGGGAAGUGCAAGGAGGAGUCUGAAAAGAAUAAGGAGCGUUACGUGAAAUCCCUUGACGAAUUAAACAGGUACAACCCACGUUACAUUGAGGAUAUGGAGCAGGUCUUUGAGAAUGCACAAGAGGCUGAGAAGCGUCGACUGAGGUUCUUUAAAGAAGUCUUUCUGGACAUCCACAGCCAUCUAGACCUCUCCAGUAAAGACAAUUUUCGUGUCGUGUUUCGAGAUCUUUAUCAGAGCAUCUUGACAGCAAGUGAUCAGGAAGACCUGAAGUGGUGGAGGAACACCCAUGGGCCUGGGAUGAAUAUGAACUGGCCACAAUUUGAGGAAUGGUCACUUGAAGCAAGCCAAAUGAUCAGCCGGAAGGAGAGGAACAGCAGGGCUGAGGAUGUUGUAACCUUGACCAAUAUUGUGUCUGCUGCAGAAACUCCACCUACAUUUAACAGAAGUGUAAGAGAAUACUCUUCAGACUGGUCUGAUGAAGAAAGCCCAAAGAAGUACAUCAACACAAAUGGCUUGCAUGGAGAGGAAGAUAAAAAAGAUGAGGAAAAGGAAGAGGUUGGACAGAGCGUGAAAGCACUAUAUGAUUACACAGGGCAGGAAGCAGAUGAGCUCAGCUUUAAAGCAGGAGAAGAGUUAAUGAAGAUUGGAGAGGAAGAUGAACAGGGCUGGUGCAAAGGUCGUCUCAUGAGUGGACAAGUUGGACUUUAUCCCGCUAAUUAUGUAGAGGUCAUAGUAUCGUGACCACACAGUGCUUGAAAAGUUGUUGCAGAGGCCAUCCCUUGUUAAUGAAGGCAACAGGGACAGAGAAGCAUGGUGCCUUCUAGGAGACUUGUACAGCCUCUCAGACUCUAACCUUGCCGGGCCUGGGGUGUGUCAUUUUUACUAAGCAGCUGAGGCUUCAGGUCAUUUUCGAUUCACUGGGGUUAUUUUAAUACAUUGGUGUAAAUAUUAAAAAGGUUCUGAGGCAGUCAGGAUGAAAUGUUUUUUUAAGUUCUUGUGUUUCAAGUCUGCACUGUUUACCUAUGGCACCUCCUCACAGCACUUGGGGAAUUCAACCCUUUUUCAAUGUUUGUCUUAAGUUUCAUUUAAUAAAACUAACUGGUAUUAAAAUUU